AUGGUUCUCACUGCCAAGGGCAAAUCUAUACCCUUGCCAAAGACACUCAAUUAUUCAACCAGCAAAGUCUCCAAUCACCAAACGGGCUUCAAUGACAUCACCUGGGGUUCUUCCACGCGCUCAUAUGUGAAGUCGAUCGUGAAAAGCUUCCAAGACGAGAAGUUCCAAGCUGUCAUCACUUCUGCAAAGGAAUUUUCCAAGAAGAGCCAUCGUUCUGGCAAUGAUAGAGCCGUUGAUGAUGCUGCGGACAAUGAAGAUCUCGACGAAUGUGUCCAGCUCAUGGACAUCUUGGAGUCCAAGUCUGGGUCCGAAGACUUGGAUCAUACUAAUGGCUCUGACAUGGAGUAG